AUGUCAGGACCAGGAGAGCGUUUCCACGUACUAGCACAGCUGGACCAUCUCCAUUCCAAGUACACAGGUACUGGACACGCAGAUACAACGCGAUACGAAUGGCUCACAAAUCAACUGAGAGACACACGAGCUUCGCAGAUGAGUCACCCAGGAAUGACUUCGUUCAUUGCUAUUGUCGAAAACGAAUCUCGUGCGCGAACUCGGUACAACCUCCUGAAUCGAAUGAUUCUUCCCUGCGGUCCGCCACCGGAGAAGUCUCCGCUUGAUGACUGA